AUUCCCGUUUUUCUGCUGAAGAAGUGGGGGAGCCACGUCGAGUACCGAUAGGAGCCGCUAUUGAUCCCCCACUUGGUUUAGGUGUCCUUUCCUGCACAGACUGUCGGAGAGUUUGCCUCGUUCUUCUAACACCAAUUUCUUCUGAGAGACCAAUACAAUAAUCCAGGAAAAUGCAGCCGGCAAUAACUGAUCCAGUCUCCUUCGCAAAGGAUUUCGUCGCCGGAGGUGUCGCAGCGGCUAUCUCCAAGACGACCGUAGCUCCGAUAGAACGAGUCAAGCUUCUCCUCCAGGUCCAACACAUCUCCACCCAGAUCUCCCCGGAACAACGGUACAAGGGUAUGAUCGACUGCUUCGUCCGUAUUCCGAAAGAACAGGGAGUCCUCGCAUACUGGAGAGGUAACAUGGCUAAUGUCAUCCGUUACUUCCCGACCCAGGCCCUCAACUUCGCUUUCAAGGACAAAUACAAGCAAGUCUUCUUGGGAGGAGUUGACAAGAACACACAGUUCUGGCGCUAUUUUGCUGGAAAUCUCGCCUCUGGUGGUGCUGCUGGUGCCACUUCUCUUUGCUUCGUCUACCCGCUUGACUUCGCCCGUACCAGGUUAGCAGCUGAUGUUGGAAAGGGUGACGGACAGCGUGAAUUCAAAGGUCUCGGUGACUGCUUAACUAAAGUCUUCAAGAAGGACGGUCUCGUCGGUCUCUACAGAGGAUUUGGCGUCUCAGUCCAGGGUAUCAUCAUUUACAGAGCAUCUUACUUCGGCUGCUUUGACACAGCUAAGGGAAUGCUCCCCGAUCCUAAAAAAGCUGGUUUCUUUAUUUCAUGGGGUAUCGCACAGGUGGUCACGACUAUGGCUGGUAUUAUUUCCUAUCCAUUUGACACUGUUAGGAGGAGGAUGAUGAUGCAGUCUGGCCGUGCAAAAGCUGAUGUCGUUUACAAGAAUACCAUCCACUGCUGGGGUGUUAUUGCUAAGCAAGAAGGACCCAAAGCUUUCUUCAAGGGAGCUUUCUCCAAUGUCCUCAGAGGCACUGGCGGUGCUCUCGUACUUGUACUUUAUGAUGAAAUCAAGAACUUCAUCUUCUAAAGUCAUUGUCGUGUGUCAGCAUUCUACCCCCUCUUCAUCUGUAACAUUGAUUUAGCAUUCCACCUUGCGCCAAAACGAAACCAGCCCCGAUGAGGGGGCCCCACACGAUUUAGGUGUUACUCUGUAGUUUUUGAGUAAGGAAAAAAAAAAGAGAAAAAGUAAAAAAAUUAGGAAAAACAAACUGUGAACUGCGAUCAACACGAAGCGAAUGUGUAUAUAAUUAUUAUAUCGAAAUUAAAUAAAGCUGUUACUCGACAACUGGACACAAUUAAAACAAAAAACAAUAAAGGUUUUGAACCGCCCUGGACUGAACAAAAAGUUUGUAACCUCAGGUGAAGUUAUUUAUUGUCUUUGUUAAACCUUGAGGUUUUUGCCUUUUUGUCUUGAAGGGGUCAAAACAGAA